GCAUUACACUGGGGAGCAAAGCAUGGCAAGAAGGAAAUGAUACGUUUAGUGGCUGACAGGGGAGCAGAUGUCAACUCCAGAUCGCAAGGGGGCUAUACUCCUCUCCACAUAGCUGCCAUGCACAACAAGGAGUCAGUCAUGCAGUUUCUCAUUCAGGACUACCAUGCCGACGUCAACGUACGGGACUUUAGCGGCCGCAAAGCUCGCCACUACCUCAAGACGGGCGCCUCUUCCUACAUGCAACAAAUGAUGACAGGAACUCCACCAACAACUUCCCCACCUCGAAUCAAGCUGAUGUCCCUAGCUGAGACGUCGCCCGAGAAGCAUUCCCAGCAUCAUCACUCCAAAAUGUUCAGCUCCUUCCGUGACACUAUCAAAAACUCCUUCCGGAUAUGGGGCUCGGCCGAUAACCUGGAUGAAACCGACAACUCCAAGCUACAGGUCUCGCCAAGGAGCCGUAAAGCCGGCGUAGAUUAUAUCUGAGAUGAGAAAAAGCGAAUCUGAUCCCAACAUCAUGGAGUCGACAGAAAGCAUGUUUGUGUAGAGACCAGCAAUGUGAUGUGUCUAGUAACUGCAAUUCUCAUCCAAGUUAUUGGACUCAAUAAGCUGUUGAGCAACAAUGCAAGAGCCUACCUGCACCAGCCAUCCUAGAUAGAUGGAAAAGGGUCAGGGGAAACUAUAUGUACCUUUUAUUUCAUGCCCACUGAAAAAAAAAAUGUAUUGUGUAAGUAAAAAUUCUUGAAAAAUUAUGGUGUUAAGAGAUCCCUGGAGUUUGAAUGAUGUUCCUUGAAAUGUUCCCCAAUAGAAAUUCACUUGUCUGAUCAUCAUACACUUUUCAAUAAGGAUUGUGUUCAGGAUACUUGUACAUGUAUGUGAAUUUAUGAAGAGCUGAAAUUUUGGUCAUAAUUCUAUUAGCUGCAGCUUUUGAGACAACUGAUUAACAAAACAAUUAAAAUAGCAUUAGUUUGUAUAAAAAAAAUAACUCAGAAAUUCAUUAGUCUUUCAUGAACAAAAUUUUAAUCAACAUUUUUUAAUGUAUUCACAUCUAUUUUUGUAUAAAAAAAACUUUUGAUUUGCUUGUAAACAUGCUUACUGGAGAAUAUGUGCUUAUGUACUGUUUUAUGAUUAACUUAUACUUGUACAUUGCAUGAUUUGUAUUUAGUGCUGUAGUCCGUGUGAUUAGUAGUUUCUGUAGUUAAACCUGGUAAGUAUAUUUUCUAUUUGAUUUUAGGUUGCUUUUACACAUCUUACCAGUCUGACCAAUAAGUGUCUUUUUUAAUUUUGGAGGACAAAGCUUUGACCUAUAUACAGUGUUAAACAGCAUUAGUUUUUAAGGUGAUGGACAUCAGUUGCGUUUGUUGUAAUUUUAUGAAAUGAACCAAUUUAAGGGCUAUUAACUUAGAGCAGACAUCGUUCCACUGAAAGUUUAUUUAAUGUUUUGUGUCCUUCGGUACUGGAAAAACAUGGACACAAUUUUUCAUCAAAGUGCAGCUCCCGGAUAGAACCCAUAGAUCACAGGGAGUGCCCAAGUGCCGCUCUGUAGUGGGAAACCAAUUACAUACAUAUACCUAGCAUACCCGAGCCUAAGCACGAAGUCAACAGCUGGCUCACGGCCGUUAACUGAUGGCCGUUAACUGUUCUAAGCAAUGGUUAGGUCCUAACCAUAGUUAGUACUGAUACAAAAUUCCUCUUUUCUUGAGAAUGACACUACCAGGCUCAACGAUUUCACAGCAUGCUUCACACUAUUAUAUACUUACAAUCAAGUGGGCUUUUUCAUAACAUUUUGGCAGUUUCAUUGUUGAGCAUUUUCAAAUGUUGUCCAUUACCUGUAAUAUAGAAGUUUAAAUUUUUGCAACAUUUUUUGUUUAAAUUCAUGUUCAACCCAUUUCCAAUUGUAUUAUGAGCCCCUUGGCUUUGUACAUUAGUAACAGUACAAUAGUGUACAUUAAUGUAGUAUAUUCUUCACUACAUGUACAGUUUUAUUUAUUGGCCAAAAACCAAAGCAUGGACAUUUUGUGAAAGUAAGAUUGUAUCAAAGUCCACAAAAGUUGGCUUGAUUUUUCCAUCUUCAAUUAAAAAAAUGCAUAUUGACUUUCUGAUUGAGCAGUACACAUUACCUUUUUGCAGACAUGACAAUUAAGAAAUGUGGAUCUUCAUUACACUGUCAAAAACAAUGCUCUCAUCAAAUUCUGGUAGACACAUUUUCCCUUACAAUAUUGUUGUUUGCCCUCGCAAGAAAUUCCAACAAGGUUUUUAUAUUUUUAUUACAUAUAGAAUUUUCGAUUCAAGUAUUUGUAGUUAUCGUCUUGUACAUACUAUAAAUAAUCAGUCAUAAAUUUAUUUCUAUCCUUUUAUUCAUUUUCAUCAUUGGCCGACUUUUUCAUUUUUAAAGACUUUAGUUUUUAACAUGUUGAUAUUUUCCAGUAUUUGUUUGAUUUUGAAGCUCAAAAACCUGUUCCUUUCAAUACUUUUUAGUGAUUCAAUAUUAUAAGAAAUUUGACACCGAUUGUCAAAAGGGAUACUUUGUGUUUUACUUUAUUUUUUUAUUACGUUUUAAAUUUAAAGAUGGACUACUUAAAAUAAGACCAAAUUAAUCUAGUGGUAAAAUUAGAUUUCUCAGGUUGUGCUCAGAAUUAUGAAAGUAGACUAAUACAUUGGGUAUUUAUUGAUUUAGCAAGAGGGUAAUUGAUAUUAGAUGAUGGUUUGGCAAGAAGUGUCCAGUUUGGAUGUCAAUUGCUUAAUGGUAAUAUUGGUGGUGGGGUUUCAUGGUUAAUUUUUGCAGAGAAUCAUGCAUGAAAUGCCCAUUCAAAAAACUUACAUAUUGAAUGCAAUAGGAGUCUGUAGAUCUAGAGAGGUACCGAAAGAAGCAAAAGCUUGUAAACGGGGCUCCCUGUACUUGCACGUACAGGAAGUAAUUAAAAUAGGUGGUCAGUUGUUCAGUUAUUUUCGGGGGGAUAAACACCAUGUUUCCUCAGUCGGAACUUGUACUUAUUUUUAGGAUAUAUAUUAAACAACACAAACACAUAGAUGUGUGCAUUCCAAUGUACUGUAAUUGCUGCAAGACUUUAUUAUUGUAAACAAAGUUUUUCCAGUCGUUAA